AUGGGUAGCCACGGUAGUAAAAACAGUAGUCAACCCAAUGCUCCAAGAGUUGUCAUCACAUCUUCAGACAGAGCCAAGUUAGAGCUCAAGUUGCAGCGUGAUAAACUCACGGUAGCGAUGAGGAGGUGUGAGAGUACUGCCAAGGAGGAGCGCAUCAAAGCUGCUGAAUUUCUGCGUUCUGGAAAUCGCCGAAAAGCACUGUAUUGCCUGAGGCGAGAACAGUUCCAGCGGACACAACUUGCAAAUGUUACAGACAUGCUUGAUAAUAUCCAAAAGCUGCUCGAUACGGUUGAAUUUAGUCAAAUUGAGGUGGAGGUGUUCGAUGCUCUAAAGAGCGGCAAGGAAGAGCUCUCAAGGUUGAAUUCAAUGCUUAAUGUUGAUGACAUCGCAGAGUUGAUGAAUGACACGGCAGAAACGGUGGAGGAGGCGCGUCGCAUCAAUGAAGUUUUGGCGCGGCCGCUUGACGGGUUUGACGAUGAGAGUCUCCUUGAAGAGUUAAUGUCUCAUGAAAACAUGGAGGUUGAUAAAAUAGGAACCGAUCUGAAUGAGUUGAGCAUUCCAAACCACAAACUUCCAGAGAGAGUUAAACCGGAGGAACGUGUUAGUGGUGAUGGGCCGCGGGAAUCGAUGCUCCCGGCCUAG